AUGUUGUGGUUCUGGUUCCGAAUAGUGGCAUUUGCGGUGGUCCUAUUCGGCAGACACGUGCUGGGAGAACCAGACUUACGGCCCGGGAUGGUAAUCCCCUCCCGGGCCUUUGUGUCGAUAUGGACGUCUACCAUUACUUAUAUGCGAUACGAUGGGAUCCUUACGACGGCGACUGAAAUUUCCAGGAUCUCGGAUGUUGACAUUGCGACGACGACUGAGGCGUCGACUGCUACCUCGGAUUCCGCUGAGACUGAGACCGAGACUGAGGCUUCUUCGUCCAUGACAUCAACUUCAUCCUCCGCACCUCCUGCGGGAUCUCCAGCUUUCUUCACGCUGCCUAUUAUUCGAGUAACAAUCACCCAGACAAUAUCGACUUUGCCAACUUUGUCGACUUCGCCAGCCCUUUCAACUUUGUCGACUUCGUCCACCUUUUCCAUUUCAUCAAUUCGGUCCAGCCCUUCAACUUUGUCCACUUCUUCAACGUCCACAGCCCCAGAUGCCACACAAGCCGAGUACCACGCUGCUUCCCCAGCACCCCAAUCUACACAUAUAAGUGCCGCGCAAAUCGCCGGUAUUGCCAUUGGCAGCGGUGCCUUCUUCUGUCUCGUGGCGGCACUCUUCUUUUUCUUUGGAAGACGCGAUGGAGGACGUUUUGCACAUGACAGGGGGCAUCGCCGUUUUUCCAUGAGGAGUGUUGGUGCCGGGUUAGGAACUGUAUUCGGGACGAUUUGGGGCAAGGAGAAGCCUGAUGCCAAGCAGCAGCAGCGCAUGGAGACGGCUCAGGGCCCUGCUGAGCUCCCGGCUGAACCUGCGGUUGAACUUCCUGCUGAUAUUCCUGAUACUGUGGAGUCUUUGGGUGAAAAGCAAGGGCAUUAUACAUUGAUGGGAAGAGAGACUGGUGGUUUUCAACUCCCUGUUGUGAAAGAGUUGGAUGGGACUAGUGUGGCAUCACACAAACCAAAGUCUCCGUCUUUGGAACAGCAAGCGGAACGACAGUUUCAGCAGCAGCGUCAAUCACCGCAACGAAGUCAAGAAGCCGAAAUCUUGCCUUCGCCAGACAUGCCUGGCGAGAAUGCUUUGUUGACGACGUUGCCAAGAUAUGAGGAGCUUGAUCGUGAGGCAAGGUCUCGCCGGUCUUCGUGGGCUGCCCCGGAGAGUGCGCAUGGUCCGGACAAGUCUUGGUAUGAGAGCUGA